AGGAGGGGGAGGGAGGGAGGGAGGGUGAUAGAGAGAAAGAGAAAAAAGGAAAGAAAAAGAUAUCAAGUGCAGUGCGCGAAUAUCUUCGACAAUUUCGCUACGUGAUAUUCGUGAUAGGGAGUAAAGUAAAAGAGAGAAGAGAUAGAGAAAGGGAGAGAGAAAGAAAGAGAAAGAAAGAGAGAAAAAGGGAAAGAGAAAGAUAGUGAGAAAGAGACAAGGAUAGAAGGAUCCCGGCCACGUGCGAAGCGACUACACGAGGGAACGAUAUUACGACUACUAACAGUGUGUGUGAGUGUGACGGCAAGAAAAGACUUUGUGAAGACGAUUAAAGAAGAAAUUAUUGAGAUUGGUGUUUGUUAGGGGAUGGGUUAAAGGGUAAAGAGGUAAAGCUAUCUAUCGAGCAGAGAGAGUUUCUAUGGAUUACUGGCCGAGUUGACACGGCCGCCGGCCGAAUACUUUUUCUCCAUUAUCAUCGUCGUCGUCGUCGUCAUCAUCGUCGUCGUCAUCGUCAUCUUCUUCUUCUUCUUCUUCUACUACUUCUUCUUCUUCUUCUUCUCUUCUUCUUCCUCUUCUUAUCCUUCUUCGUUAUCCCAAAGCAUUCAGUGUCUCUCUCUUCGUCCCUCUCCCUCUCUCUCUUUCUCUCUCUCUCUCUCUCUCUCUCUCCCUCUCUCCCUCUCUUCUCGUGUCCUCCUUUUUUAUCCAACGUACAAAAAAAAAAUAGAAGAGAAAUACUAGACAGGUGCCUAUGGAAUCGUCAAAGGUACGGAUUUACCUUUGGGUGGUGCUGCGACGACUUCACGAAGGUGUCGUCGAUCGUGUUAAAGAAAGAAAGAGAUAGGAGGGAUUACGAGAUGAAAAGUAACCGUGACGAAUUGGAAGUGUGAGAGACAUGGUGCUUGAUUCGAUCACGAUUUAUAGUAGGUGUUAUGAGAGUACUGUACGUCUAAUUAUUCUUCCGAAGGAAGGAAGAAAGAAGAAGAAGAACAACGACGAUAACGAAAUAGUACGAGUAAUAGUGUGUAAAAGAUCUUGGACGAUUGAAUAAUUAGUAAUAUUAGAAAAGGUAAUCAAGGGCAAGUUAAAACUGUGUUUAUGCGAAUGAGAAAAUCGUGAAGAAAGAAGGCCCAGUUUAGACUAGAAUAGCAGAAGCAAGGGAAGACGAUCGCAUUAAAGUAGCAUCUGGCCGCCGCAGCUCCAAUCCCCUUUGCGGGAUCGCGCACGAGCUAGCGUGAGGAACGGUGCGCGCGCGAGAAUCUAUUUUUUUUUCCAAAGAGUUGAAGGGAUGUCACGGAGAAAGCAGGCCCGACCGAGCCGUGCCCAUCUCGAGGAGGAUCUUAUCCAGGGCCCUCUCCUGAUCGAUCCGGUUGGAAGCAUCGUUAACGAGAGCCGAGAGGAAAAUGACUUCAUAUCGGACGGCGAGGAGAGUGGCGGCGGUGGAGGAGGAGGAGACGAAGCGGUUGAUCUUACAGCGGCUCGAACUCAUCACGGAGAUGAGGAUGAGAAGGAUCAAGAGGAUCCUUUGGAGGAAGACGAGGAAGGCGUCGACGAGCAAGACGAACAAGACGAGGACGAAGAAGGCUCGCGAAAGCAAAUGCACCAUCGGCAGGACGCGGAAAACAAUAACAAUUUCGUCGAGGGUGGAGCGAGUAGCGGGAUCUUUCCACCGGCUGGUACUAGUCACGUCACACUCGAAGCCCUUCAAAAUACGAAAGUGGCCGUCGCUCAAUUCGCGGCCACUGCACUCGCCGGUGGGGCGGACAGCGAGGCAGCUCUACAGGACUUGGCCCUCUUGCAAAGUACGCUCUACACGCUUCAACACCAGCAGGUUUUUCAAUUGCAGCUGAUAAGUCAGCUGCAACAACAAUUAUCCAUUACUCAUGGCCAAUCCGUGCCACAAUCGUCGACGACCGAGCCGCCCAAUAGCAAGGAAGCAUCGCCGUCUCCUGUCCUGCAUCCGAAGGCAUUGUCUACAUUGACCUCGCCACCUUCCUGUCGAUCACCCAGUAGUAGCAGCCAUCGUCAACAAAGCUCGCCGGCGCCGGCAACGCCGAAUCUACCCCAAGAACGGCCUACGCCUAGCAGCAGCGCUUCUCCUCUGAAUCUACCGCUGCAAGCUACUACGCCUAACGUCUCCUCGAGCAUACCAACGACGAGUAACAGUAGCAAUCUAGCGUUGUCCCAUCAGAUGCCACCGCUGUGCUCGAUAAGCUCGUCCUUGGCGUCCUCGAUAAUAACCAAUACGGAUCCACCGCCGCUUCACGAACCGAACACCCUGGAAAUGCUACAGAAACGAGCGCAAGAGGUGCUGGACAAUGCCAGCCAAGGACUACUGGCUAAUAACCUCGCCGACGAGCUCGCCUUCAGGGGUGGCAAAGGUUCUCGGCUCUCGCCUUACGACUCUAAAUCAGGUGGCAGCCGGGGAGAACAUUUCUUCAAGCACCGAUGUCGCUACUGCGGCAAGGUUUUCGGCAGCGACUCGGCCCUACAGAUCCACAUACGAUCCCAUACAGGUGAGCGACCCUUUAAAUGCAACGUCUGCGGCAGCCGAUUCACCACGAAGGGAAACCUGAAGGUCCACUUCCAGAGACACACGGCUAAAUUUCCGCACGUUAAAAUGAACCCAAAUCCCGUCCCCGAGCAUCUCGACAAGUAUCAUCCGCCUCUCCUUCAGCAGAUAGCCUCGGGUCAGAGGCCGAUGCCGUCUCCGCCACCUCCGCCUCCUUCGCAUCACCCCUCGUUUCAUCCAGCGGCUACGGCCCACGGAUUUCUUCCUCCUCAGCCACCUCUGCCACUCAGUCUCACCUUGCCCGGAAUGCCACCCCUUUACCGGUCUCCCAUUAUUAAUCAUCGCGACGACCAAGAGCUACCGGAAAACUUGAGUAAACCCAACGUAACCACGGUACCGACGGCCACCUCGCCCCUCUCCCCGGCUGCUCUCUCCAACUCCCACCAUUCCUCCUUCCACGAUAAUCAUCAACAACAGCAGCAAAAGCAACAGCUCGAGCAAGAGGAAAUCAAAAUGGAACAGCGUUCGCCUCUUCAAGAACAAUACCCGCAACGACCGACUAGUAGGGACGGUACCGAUAGAAUAACGCCGAAGAAAGAACCCGAGGACACCGAGGAACCGGUGGAAGAGGAGACCGAAGAUUUUGAAGAAACGACAAGGCGAUAUCUCGCUUCGCCGCCUUCUUCGGUUAACCCACCCUCGCAACCUCAAACCUACGAGGACUGUAGUAUGGACAGCAAGAUAAGUGGCAGAUUGGAGGCCGAUGGUGACAUGGAGGUGGACGAGGAGACCGAGGAACAACCGGAGAAUCUGUCUAGUCGAGGAACGGCCGGUCGUUUGCCUCAACAAAUCGUCGCAUAUCCCGGAGCAUCGCCGGCCAGCAGCAGCGCGAGCAGCGGAAGCGUCCAAACGUCUUUCGCCGGGAUUUUAUUCCCUGGGCCACCUGCUCAUCACCAAAUACCACAUCACACUGUCGCGAACGCGAGCGUCACGCCGACCGUCUCGGCGCCCGAGAUGAUCGUCGACCCUGCCAAGGAUCCGGCGAUAUAUUCCAGUCUCCUACCGAGACCCGGAAGCAACGACAAUUCCUGGGAGAGUUUGAUCGAAAUAACGAAAACGUCGGAAACGUCGAAAUUGCAACAAUUGGUCGAUAAUAUCGAGCACAAGCUGACCGAUCCGAAUCAAUGCGUCAUUUGUCACAGAGUACUCUCUUGCAAGAGCGCCCUGCAAAUGCAUUAUAGAACGCAUACAGGAGAACGUCCGUUCAAGUGUAAAAUUUGCGGACGAGCUUUUACCACGAAGGGCAACCUCAAAACCCACAUGGGUGUGCACCGCGCGAAGCCACAGCUUCGAGUGUUUCACCAAUGUCCCGUUUGUCAUAAGAAGUUCACGAACGCUCUCGUGCUACAGCAGCACAUACGUCUGCACACGGGCGAGCCUACCGAUCUCAGUCUGGAACAGAUACAGGCGGACGAAGUGAACGAGUUUCCCCCUGGCUAUUCGCAUCACCCAUUAGCCUCUUUCCUACCUCAAGGAUUUCCACCGAUACAUCCGACGAGCGCGGGUUUCUCCCUAGGAUUUCCACCCUCCCGACAGCCUACCAUAGAACGACAACACCAGAAAAACGACGUGGACGUUAAGGAGGAACCUCAGCAGCAACAGCAUCAACAACAACAACAACAACAACAACAACAGCAACAUCAAUUACUUCAUCAUCAACAGCAGCAGCAGCAGCAACAGCAGCAGAGAUACAUGGAAGAACACAACGAGGAAGUGGAAGAGCAAGAAGACGAAGAGGAAGAUCGCAGGGAGGACGACGAAAGGUGCGAGGUCAAUCGCGAUAGGUGUAUCCCGGACACCGAGGAGGAACAGGAUCACGAGAACGAGGAAAGCGAACAAAAAGAAAUCUCUCUAUCUACCUUCUCGACCUCUUUGGCUGCUUUGGAGAAUCAAGUGCGAACGAUCACGACCACGGCGACCGGCACAGCCUCGAACGUUGCGAGAUCGCCUUCCUAUCAUCGUUACAACGGCAGCGACAAGAGCAAUAGCCCUCCCACCGGUGGGGCACCCCUCGAUCUCACCCCUCGAGCCUCGUCGACGCCAGCCUCGGUAUCAUCCGCAGCGACGCCGCCACCCCAGACGACACCCCAUCACGCGCAUCCUUUCGGAAUGUUCGCAGGCCUCUUGCAGACGGUCUCCUCCUCGCCUUCCACCAGCACCAUGGGAUCCUCCUCCAGCAUAAACAGUGUCACUUCGAUGAAUACCGUCGCUCCUGGCAGCGGUGCCAGUGGUCCACUAGCUUCCCUCACAACAUCGGCAGUCCUCGCUGCCACGUCGACCUACAAUCCGCUCGGCCUAGCUGUCGGAGGGCCAGCAGUACGUGGAAACACUACGUGUAAUAUCUGCUACAAGACAUUUGCGUGCAACUCUGCUCUGGAGAUUCAUUAUCGAAGUCACACGAAGGAGCGGCCUUUUAAAUGCAGCAUAUGCGACCGAGGAUUUUCGACGAAGAAUGCUGGAUCGGACGUAUGCUCCUCGUGCGCGGAGCAACGAAAGCCCUUUACCAUAAAGGGCACACCACAAACGAAUAACCGAUAUCAGAGCGAGGAGAGAAGAACGUCGACUAGCGGAAACGAGGAGAAACCCAAACGCAGGCGGCGGAGGCCUGAGGAACGGAAGAACCGGGGGCGGACCGGGACCGGAGGGGGGCGGGGGCUGACGUCUAUCUAUUCAACCGUCCGCCUGCCCCCGCUGAUGCCACCCGCCCUCGGACUUCUCACCUCGGACCACGUCUUCCUGGGCAACAUGAAACAGCACAUGCUGACACACAAAAUACGCGAUAUGCCACCCCAUCUCUUCACCGAUGCGAAACAACAACACCAACAACAAAGCCAGGACCACGAGAGUUCUAGGAGUCCUAUGUGCAGCGACGAUUUGAGUUUACCACCUCCACCUCCACCCCCGCCACCACCACCACCGGUACCACCGACGUCAAUCGAGUCGGCAGUACCAAUGAAGAGAUCUCCACCCGAGGGUGAUCUUCCGGCACCAAAGAGACCACCCAGCGUGCCGAGUAAACACUUGUGCCAGAUUUGCAAUAAGAAUUUCUCAUCAUCUUCGGCGCUCCAGAUCCAUAUGAGAACUCAUACUGGCGACAAACCAUUCCGAUGCACCGUCUGCCAGAAGGCCUUCACCACCAAGGGUAACUUAAAGGUACACAUGGGAACCCAUAUGUGGACCAACGGGGCCUCGCGGCGAGGACGACGCAUGUCGUUGGAUCUGCCACCUCUGCCCAUCACUCCCAAGGACUCGGAGUUCCUCCAGCGACGGCCGGAUCUCUUCUAUCCCUAUCUACCCGCGCCAUUCCUUAACGGAGUACAGCAAAAGCUGAACGAGAUAUCGGUGAUCCAAAGUAACAACGGUUUGCCAGCACACUCGGUAGGCGCGGCAAAGUACGCAGGACUAUUUGGUUCCGUGUACAGUGGAAACGGAGGAGGCUUCCCUGGGGACAAACAACCGAUGGCGCCAACUAGCAACGGGCCCUUGGUCGACGGCAAGCCAGCCAUACCAACUGGCUCGAUGCUUUUCCAAACGCCAUCGCCGUCUCAUUCGCCGGGUACACCGUCCUCUAACAGUGGAAAUCAAAAUUCGGCGAGUGUUCCGUCGUGGACGACGAGCACCGGCGAUCCUCUUCAACAUCAUUUCGACAGAGAGCCACCAAGUAGAACAGAGAACGCAGCUACACCACCUACGGCGAGAUUACCGCCACCUUCGGCCCCAAGAGGCGAAGGACUCGCCGCGUGAACCUCGACAUAUCCUUGGAUUUUCUUGCAAAAUCCGUAACUCGCUAUUUAUGUACAGUAUAGAAAUAAUAAUAAACGAAACAAAAAAGAGAAAAGAGAAAAAUAAAAAAAAAAGAGAUAAGCAGGAGGAGAAGAGAUCGGACCUUCGCUAAGUCCCGACCGGACCCACGGACUGGCUCAUCCACGAAAAUUGGAGUUUACGAUUUAUCCUCCGUCCCCGAGUGACAUAAAAGGAAGUGACCAUAACGACACGAGAGAAGCAACGCGACCAACGUCGAACGUUUUCCCGUGACUAACGAGCUCUAAAAGGAGCCUGUGCAUUUUUUUUAUUAUUAUGAUUAUUAUUAAUCUCGGGACUCAAACGGACUACAGCGCCGCUCCCGCCGUCGUCAUUUCUUCGAGUGAGCCGAAUAUCGGAAGAACGGUUUGUCCGGUACCACUGUUCCCUUUAUUUCUAUCUUCAUUUUAUCAAUGUUCCAAGACUCAAAGAACAUCAAACGUUCUUUCGUGUUAUUUUCCUACCUAAUAGAUAUCGAUAAUUAAUGUAUAAAUGAAUGAUAACGAGAUCUAUGUUUUCUUCUCUCUCUCUCUCUCUCUCUCUCUCUCUCUCUCUCUCUCUCUCUCUCUCUCUCUCUCUUUCUCUCUCGACAUAUCCAUAACUCUAUAUUAUACGGUGGUGCUACGGAUAAGCAAAUGACGACAUCAUGUUCCUAUUAUAACACUAGUCUUAACGCGUAGAAGUGAUCGAUAGAUAAAUCGAUUCGAUAUUUGACUGCUUCCGGAUAGCUUAGGGGACAAAAAUCAUCCGAAGUCAUCGACUCCGGAAAAAAAUCACGAAACCGGCCCGUUUCGCGUUACUCCUUGCUCUUUUUAAGUAAUACCUAUCCACACACACACACACACACACACACACACAUACAGAGGCUGACAGCCAGAUACAUAUACAUAAAUGAAUACAUCACAUCUGUGUGCUCGAAAUACGCGCGAUCGGGUCCUCUAAGAAUUCGUUGAUAACGUCGAACCGUUUCGGGGUGAGGGGUUCAAAGAAGAACGCGACGCCUAGACUGAGCUCCACUACUUUGGCCGAUUAAUGAAAUCAAUAAUUACGGACAAGGUGUGAGCCAAAAGACACGUGGUGUCACGUCGACUUGAAAUUCCCUGAACUCUGACCGUCCAUUCGCGACAGUGAUGGUCACCUCACUUAGGAUUAUCUAAACUAUUCUAUAAAUAUAUACAUAAAAUGUAUACAUAUAAAUCUAUAUACAUAUAUAUAUAUUCAUAUAUAUAUAUAUAUAUAUAUAUAUAUAUACAUACACAUAUAUAUAAGAAUAAAAAAAUCAUUGUAUUCGAGCGAAGGGGCGUGAAUGUGCGAGUUGUAUACACUUGGAGAGCACGUGUCAAACUUCCCCUUUUUAAAGAAAAGGGAAAAAAAAGAGGCAAACUUGAGAGAAAGAUAAAAGAAUGCGUGUGCGUGAGUACGUGUGCAAGAAUGAGUGAAAAAAUAAUGGCUCAUGCGGAAAAAGUAUACAUAUAUAUAUAUACAUAUAUAUAUAUACAUACAUAUAUAAAUAUAUAUAUAUAUGUUUAUAUAUACAUAUAUAUGUGUAGGUGUAAUUUAGAGGCGGGCCCGGCAGCGCCCCUCGCUGUGAUAUGAGAGGAGCAGCCUGCAAUCACUAAACCAAUGUACUUAUACCUUGUAUUAUAGUAUUAUAAAAGAAUAAUAAUAAACUAA